AUGGCGUGGACUGCGGGAGGUGCUGGUUGCAGCAGUAUUACAAAACCAAAUCAAAUGUCGAUUCGUCUUCGACAUUUGUUUCUCGUGGCCAUUAUAUUUUGUGGAUCCUUCCUCUUGCUCUCAAUGAAUAACAUGUCAAAGCCAUAUGUUAACAAUGAUUUCUUAAUAUUCUCGCGAUUAGGAAAAAAGGAUUCCGGUGAGAUCUUAAGCGAUGAAAUGUACACAAUCAGAACAAAUGGAUGCAUCAUAUCUGCUUUACAGCCUUUAGGUAGUGAAGUGAGACAGUUGGUGAAAUUCCCGAUAGAUAUAAAACCGUGUCCAAUGUCUGAUAUAGCUUUGUUGUCUAACAACAGAACACACAUAUGGAUAAAACAUGAAAACAGGCAAUAUUAUAAUAUAAGCAAAUCUGUCUUUUUAAAAUGUUGCUAUAAAUCAUUUUACCGGCCUCUCUCGGUUGAAGACAUUACAUCACGAGAUGUUGACAAACGAGUGAAAUAUAACGUUUGUUUUAAUUUUACUACCUCAAUUAAAGCAGCUCAUGAAUUUGUUCGAGUAAAAUGUUAUGUUAGAUCAGUGGAAAUUUACGACCAGUUUUUCAUUUUUGCUCCCAAAAAAGAACUUUCAUCUGAUGAGACCGAGAUUCCAAAAAACAAAACCGCAUAUAAUGUUAUUAUAAUGGGUAUAGAUGGUGUAUCCAGACUUAAUUUUCAUAGAACAAUGCCAAAAACUUUUGCAUUCUUAGAGAAGAAAGGUGGUGUGGAGUUAUUAGGAUACAACAAAGUCGGUGACAACUCUUUUCCUAAUUUGAUACCGAUGCUGAUGGGUUUAUCGGAACAAGAUCUAAAGUCCACGUGUACUCCUCGUAAAAAAUCAACAUUUGAUAACUGCCCCUUUAUUUGGGAAUGGUUCAAAGAAGCUGGUUACUAUACAGCGCUGGGAGAAGACAGUGCCAGCCUGGGAACCUUCAAUUAUGGAAAAUUUGGUUUUAUUGGAUCUCCCACGGACUACUACUUACAUACUUUUAUGAAUGAGGCUGAAGAAAACGCAGGAGUUAAUAAGGAUUUUAAUUCAUAUUUAUGUAUGAAUGAUAAGUAUUUCUAUAAGGUCUUAUUAGAUUACAUAGAAAAUCUAGCUAUAUCACUGAGAACAUCUAAACUAUUUGCUUUCUUUUGGGAAGUUACUAUGACUCACGAUUAUUUAAACUAUCCAAUGAUAAUGGAUGAAGAUUACGUAAAUUUUCUAACACGAUUGGAUUCUAUAAAUUAUUGGAAUGAAACAAUACUUAUUUUGAUAAGCGACCACGGAAUUCGAUACGGUCAAAUAAGGUCAACAAAUCAAGGACGGUUGGAAGAACGCUUACCUUUUGCAUACAUAUUGAUACCAGAAGACUUUAAGGAGAAAUACAAAGAAGCUUACAAUAACCUUCAAUUAAACAGUAAACGCCUGAGUACGCCUUACGAUAUUCAUGCCAUGUUAUCCGAUCUUGUUAAUUUAGAUAACAUCGAAAAUGACAAAAUCGUGUUACGCUCAAAUCGGAAUGAAAACAAUGUUAAAGGAAACAGUUUAUUUCUACCUAUACCAUUAAGUCGCACUUGUUCGUCCGCUCACAUCAGUGACCACUGGUGCAGCUGUCAGAAGAGUCAUAAAAUCUCAACUAAGAGCAAACUUGGUAAAGAAGUUGCUGAUCAAUUAGUACAACAGCUCAAUAAUCUCGUAAGCGAAUAUGAGCAGUGCGCUAAACUAAAACUAGCUGAGCUGAUUGAGGUUGUUGAGAUGGAACCGAACUCCUUCGGCUACGAUUCAGUUACCUGGAGAGAGUUCAUGGUUAUGGUGAAAACUGUCCCAGGAAACGGUCUGUUUGAAGGAACUCUUCGUGUUAUUGAUAAUGAAUGGUUAGUAGCUGGAUCUAUUAGUCGAUUUAAUCUAUACGGCAAUCAGAGUCACUGUAUUCAGGACACAACACUCAAGUUGUACUGUUACUGCCAAUAG